UCUUACAAUUAUUAAAAUAAAAAAAAACAGUUAUGUUUUCAGUGAUGUUUAAAUCUUAGACUUCUCGCCCUUUACACACACAUCGCCCGAAUCUGACCGCAAUGGGAUCGCUCCAGAGGCUUGCUGUUGAUAUACACUCAGGCGAACACAACUUUUAUUUGUUAGCGUUUGUUCGUUAAACCUGCAGUUUUAUGUAAAAUGUAGACUAUUUGAACUAAGACGCCCCAUCCUUUUGUUUCGAUUUCCUUUAGGGGGGUUCAAGCCUUUAUUCGGGGAGUCUGCUUUCCCCAGAUCCACCUCAAUUCGUACUGUGCAAUUUUCUUAAUCUACUCAUUCAUAUAAACAAUUCGAGUGUCACAUGAAGGCGGGGCUCCCUGUAACUCAAUAGUGACGUGAUGAGGCUUGUCUUGGUUAAACCUACCAAUGAAACAGGCCUUCUUGACUCCACCGGGGCUACGCGCAGCGAAAGGGUGCCGGAUCAUUGCAACGCAAAGCGGCACUCCGCCGCAGGUGAGGCGGGGAUGCAGCAUCGCUACUCGGGAGCCGUCCAUCAGCACCACCACCAUCAACAACAACCCACGGAGCAUAGGGGUGGCCCUGGUCAGACCGCGCACCCCUUGCCAAAACAGAGCCAAGAGAACCUUCCCAGCCCUUUCAGUCAGGAAACACCGGUCAAAAGCCAAGGGAUCAACCCAAGUCUCGCAGACCGUUCCAAACCCCCCCUAAGUCGGCAGCAGAGUGUUGGAGGGGCUGCCAAAACUGCGAAUUGCCAACAAGAUCAUUGUUCGUGCAGCUGCGUAUUGCAAGAGCAUCAACAGCUGUUGCAGCAGCAGCAGCAGCAUCACAAUCCUCCACCUUCCCUCCAGCUACAGGUUCAGCAGCAGCGCCUGCUUAGGAGCAGCCUGCCCAACUGCUGCGUGAGGGGAUCCGGGGAGCUGAGAAGCCAGCAGUCAGCUUUGCUGCAGCAGCACCGUGACAACGACAGCUUGAGAUCAGGCGAGCAGCGGAAUCUAGCUCAUCACGGCCGUGCGUGGACGCCUGAUAGAUGCCAGGGAGCCAGGAACUCCGUUUCGCCGCGGAGUAAAAGCAGCCCGCUGUCAUCUGACAGUCGCCUGUGGUUCGAGGAGAAUAAACACAGACACGAAGGCUAUAAGGUGAAUGCGGAUGCCAACAGGCUGAGCCAUGCUGGAUCGCGGCCUUCCCUGUCCCACGGCGGCCCACAGUAUCCUCAGAUAGCCAUGAACAGCUGCAAGUACAAUGGAGGCAUAGUCAGACCACUCAGCAGUCUGGGGGCGUCCCGGAGGAACCUAGCAGAGCUGGACUCUGAGACACAGCCUUUGCAGACCCUACACUCUUCCGGCCUUGAGGUGGUGGUCUCCAAAGGGAACGGGGAAGACCCUAGUAAGCAGUCCACUGAGAACCUUGUGAGGCAAAGACCAUGCAGCGCUCCGCAUAAGAAGAACAAGGACAUUGGCCAUAAGCUCGGGCACCGGAGGGUGCUGUUCGAAAAACGCAAGCGCCUUAGCGACUACGCCCUGAUUUUUGGAAUGUUUGGGAUUGUUGUCAUGGUGACGGAGACCGAACUCUCCUGGGGAGUUUAUACAAAGGAAUCCUCAUAUUCAUUUGCACUGAAAUGCCUUAUUAGCCUCUCUACUGUAAUUCUGCUCUGUCUGAUCAUUCUGUACCAUGCACGAGAGAUUCAGCUCUUCAUGGUUGACAAUGGAGCUGAUGACUGGCGGAUAGCCAUGACAUACGAACGUAUCUUCUUCAUCGUUUUGGAGCUGCUGGUGUGCGCCAUCCACCCCAUUCCAGGUCAGUACGUCUUCACCUGGACCGCCCGCCUGGCCUUCACCUACACCCCGUCUGUGGCGGAUGCAGACGUGGAUAUCAUCCUCUCUAUCCCCAUGUUCCUGCGGCUGUAUCUGAUUGGCCGGGUCAUGCUCCUGCACAGUAAGCUCUUUACGGACGCCUCAUCACGCAGUAUCGGAGCCCUCAAUAAGAUCAACUUUAACACACGCUUUGUCAUGAAGACUUUGAUGACUAUCUGCCCAGGCACGGUCCUGCUGGUUUUCAGCAUAUCAUCAUGGAUCAUUGCUGCUUGGACAGUGCACGUCUGUGAGAGAUAUCAUGAUAAAGUGGAAGUCACCAGUAACUUCUUGGGAGCCAUGUGGCUGAUCUCCAUAACCUUCCUGUCUAUUGGUUAUGGAGACAUGGUGCCCAACACAUACUGUGGGAAGGGAGUGUGUCUUCUUACUGGGAUCAUGGGGGCCGGUUGCACUGCCCUAGUGGUGGCUGUCGUGGCCAGGAAGCUAGAGCUCACCAAGGCUGAAAAGCACGUCCAUAACUUUAUGAUGGACACUCAACUCUGCAAAAGAGUGAAAAACACGGCUGCUAAUGUACUCAGGGAAACAUGGCUAAUCUACAAACAUACAAAGCUUGUGAAGAAGAUUGACCAUGCCAGGGUCAGGAAACAUCAGCGCAAGUUUCUGCAGGCCAUUCACCAACUGCGAAGUGUGAAGAUGGAGCAAAGGAAGCUGAAUGAUCAAGCAAACACACUGGUGGACUUAGCAAAGACACAGAAUGUGAUGUACGACCUGGUCUCAGAGCUGCAGGAGCGCAGCGAGGAGCUGGAAAAGCGGAUCGGUCACCUAGAGACAAAACUGGACUCCAUAAACAACAGUCUGCAGGCUCUGCCUGGCCUGCUCUCACAAGCCAUACAGCAGCAACAGCACCACCUGCUGGACGGGCUGACCCAGCGUGGAUUCACUCUCACGCGCCCCUCCUCGCAGACCUCCGAUCGCUCCUGGGCGUCAUCCGUGCACCAGCGGAGAUCACCCUCUACUGCACCACACACGUCCUCUGAUAGCGGCUAGCACGCUCACACACUCAAAAUCAUACUCUAAUCCUACACACACACUCCUACACACCUCUAUCACCAACUAACACUGCUAAAUAUACUUUUAGUACUGAAACGUUAAUAAGAAUGACAACUUCAACACACUGGAAUAAAAAUGUAAUGAAUUAACUCAUCAUGGUAGAGAUAUGGUUUAUGUUUAGCCAUUGUAUGGCUGUUUAACGUUAGCUUUUUUGUAAAGCCCUUGUAUAGUAUGGACUGGAUUCAGACUGCAGGGGGUGAAAUUCUGUUUGGAAACAGAAAAUUUAAUGGAGCUAACCUCAUGGAAAUACAGAGGAUUGAGAAGGAAGGAAAAAUGGGAGAGGAAGUCACCAGACAGGCAGACAUUAAAGAUAUAUGCUAAGUUCUGAAUAGCAUACUAGCAUGCUACUUACUCUUACUGCAGUAUAUAUUUGUAUACAGUAUGCAAAUUGUCUGUAUGCAUUAAAAUUCCCUGGCAUUUAUCAGAGAACAGUGCGUUGAAUACCGUACCUAUAUCAAGUUUUCUUUUUCAGUGUUAGUAGUUUUAAGAAUAAAACAUUUUGACAUUAAAACAAGAUAUUUUUUACCCAAAAUUCAGUUAACCCUCAUGUUGUCCUUGGUCAUUUGAGACCAAAUAAAAUGUAUGUUUUGAAAUGUUUACAUUUUUUACUUCAUCGGAAUGGAACAAAACUUGGGGACUUUUGUGGCACUUGCUAAACAACUAAACAUACAAUCCCUAGUAAAAAAAAAAAAAAAGUAAUGUAUUUAAAAUACAUUUAUUUCAUAAAAAGUAUAGUUCAAAUCUAUUAACAUAUUUACAUAACAUAUUAACUGACAUAUUGCUUGAGACCUACUGAUAUAAAAAUUAUAUUUAAACUUUAUUUGGAGCACUACUUGUCUACAAUGUAAAAAAUUUUAAAUAUUAAACCUAAAAUGUGUUUUAACUAUUGAUGAAGAUUAUAUGAUCUUUGAAUAACAUUGGCCUUUAAAUGCAAGAUAUUUAAAGUGUAUCUGAAGUAUACUUGCAAUAGUUCCACUUUAGCACAAUCAAAUAUACUUCAGUAUACCUUUAGAUGGGCUUCAGCAAUACUUCAGCACAAUUAAAAGUGCAUCAAGUACAAAACUAGUAGUUAUAAUUUAGCAGACUUGAAGUAUAGCAAAGGUACAAUUGCAAGGUAUUUCUUAUAAAAUAGUACAUAAAUAUGUAAAUGUAUUUGUAGUAUACUUAGCAUGAAAUAAAUGUAUUUCAGAUUCAUUUUACUAUAUUUAUUUUUCACUAGGUAUGUUAUAAGAUCAUGUAGCAACAGAUACACAUUUUUUGAAUAUUGCAAAUUCAGUGGGAGAAGAAGUUCUGUAUACAGUAUAUACUGCACAGUAUUGAGUACCAUGCUGCUAUUCUUAUCCAUUAAAUAUAAUUGUUGUUCUCAUAGAAGCUGAGGAAGGUCCUUUGGAAGUCCCAUGUUCAGAUUGAUUAAUCAUUACUAGAUAAAAAAAAAAAAAUGCAACCAGAUAUAGGAAAUGCCUAAAAACAAGGAAGAAGGAUAACAUUUUAUUGUCAAAAUAAUAUUUUACAAAUGAAAAAAAAUGUAGCUAGUCCAAUUCAACUGAUAAAUGUUUCCAUGAGCCACACCACACAUUUUCUUUAUAUUACACUGAUGACAUUCAAGGUCUUAUAGAAUAAUAUGCAUUCUCUCUAUAGAAAUAAACAAUAUUCAAGCACACUUUUUCCAACGAGUGUGAAAGACAAAAUAAGAUUCUGCCAAAGCUUCCAAAGGUCCUUAAAGCAUCUUCAGCGCAGGCAAUCUCUAAGACAGCCUGGGGAUGUGAUGGGAAGGAAAUACUGUACACCCCCUUGCAUGUUUCAAUGCAAAUUAAUGAUGGAGCUGACCUAAAGGAUGGUUUUCUCUUAACUUUUCCUUCCUUUUCUUUUCUCAUUUUUUACAGAGGUUCCUUUUUUUAUUAUUUACCUAGAUUUUUAUAGCUUGUAGAGGAUAUACAAAAUGUUACAGCAGAGCGGCAGCAUAGUUGAAAACAUUCAUUUCCUUGAUAAAAAAAAAAAAAAGAUUCUAAACAAAAUGUAGAAGCGAACAACAGAAGAUUAAUCCCACACUUGGAUAUCAUUACCACUUACAUUAACCAAUUUUGUUCCCAGUUCUAGGUUUAGAAUGAAAGCAUCAAGAUGUGGUUGUCAUUACGGGUUUGAAAAACAGCAAACUGCCUUUACUGUGUGUCUUUGGCCUUGUUGACCAAGCUGUAGCGGAUUUACAUAAUGCUGGGCUCCAAUAUAAAGAAAUAAAUGAACAAUUCCACUA